UUCCUUCUUCCUCAAUUAUACAUUAUUCUAGCACAUACCAUGGAUCUUCAAAACCUUAUCUCUAUCUUCACCGCCUUACUCUUUCUCUUUAUGCUAUUGAAAAUAGCCAUGAAGAAAUUUAGUUCUUCCAAGGAUAUUACCAAUUUGCCCCCAGGGCCAAGAAAACUACCCAUAAUAGGAAACAUGCACAACCUUGUAGGAUCAAUGCCCCAUGAAUGCCUAAGAAACUUAGCAUCCAAAUAUGGACCCUUAAUGCAUCUUAAACUUGGAGAAGUGUCCCACAUCAUAGUUACAUCACCUGAAAUGGCACAAGAGAUUGUGAAGACUCAAGAUGUCAACUUUUGUGAUAGGCCAAACGUUCUCUUUGCAAGAGUCAUGAAUUACAAUCGAACAGCCAUUGCUUUUGGCCCCUAUGGAGACUAUUGGAGGCAUGUAAGAAAGAUAUGCACCAUGGAGUUAUUAGCACCAAAGCGUGUUCAAUCUUUUAGGCACAUAAGAGAAGCAGAGGUUUCAGAGUUGGUCAAAGCAAUAUCUCAAAGUGAAGGCUCCAUUUUUAAUCUCUCUCAAUUAUUAUUAUUAUUAUUAUUAUUAUUAUUAGUGUAUUGUCAAGAAUAUCAUGGUAAAAAAAUCCUAGGGAAGCCACUGUAUAUUAAAAAUAAAUUUAUCAGAUCUUAGAUUCUUUCAUCAUAA